AUGGUCGGUCAGCUGUCGUCGGAGACGUUCAAUUUCGUCGGCAAACUGCUCGGCCCCAAAGGCAACUCUCUCAAACGGCUACAGGAGGAGACGCUCACACGAAUGGCUAUUCUGGGCCGCGGCUCCAUGAGAGACAAAGUCAAGGAGGAGGAACUGAGGAAGUCGAACCACCCUCGCGCCGCUCACCUGCAAGAGGAGCUGCACGUGGAGAUUGUGGCGUUCGCGCCGCCGGCGGAGGCGUACGCAAGGAUGGCAUACGCCCUGACGCAAGUGCGGCGCUAUCUGAUACCAGACAACAAUGACCAGAUCCGCCAGGAGCAGAUGCAGGAGAUGAAGCGACUGGGGCUGAAGGAGGACCGAGCUGAGGUGCGGCCGCCGCCGCCCGGUCUGGAGGCGCGCGAGACGACCGGACUCGAGCCGGAGGAGACGGUGUCCGGCGCCUCCCCAGGACAGGAGAGCUGCGCAGCCCCCGCUGAGGACGACUCCAAGGGUUCGGACGAAUUUGACGGCGCGCUGUUGCCGCGAGCGCUGGCGCCGUUC